AUCGGUCUGAAUCGUCUAAAACAUUUUUUUUUUCUGAAAUUGAGUUUUUUUUACGAUUUAGGCGAUUUUCAACGUAAAAUAAUAAUUUCAAAAUGAGUUACUGUCGCGUGUCCACGUGCUACAACAGAAAGGAUAAAGGUAGCGUAAGAUUCUUCGCAUUUCCUCGCGAUCCAACGCUCUGCGAGCAGUGGGUCGAGUUUUGCUGCUGCGCCCAAACGGCGGAGACGUUCUACACCGGCGGGGUGUUUGCGCUCAAGAGCAGCUACCUCAUCUGCGGGGACCAUUUCGAGGCUGGUGCGUUUCUCUCGCCACCGGCCCGGUUACUGCUGGUGCCGGGUGCAGUUCCGAGGCUAAAACCCGGCCGGACACUGCCGACGGGACCUACGGAGGUUCUGGGAAACCCGGCAGAGUUUGGAUUCAUUGAGGAAAAGGCGCCGGAGGUGGUCGUGAAGCAGGAAGAUGAGGAAGUUGGCGCACCGGAACCGACGGAGAUUGUUCGGGUACUAGAGGAGGAUGUGGUUGUGAAGGAAGAGAUUGAGGAAGUUGCUGUGAUUGAAGUCGUUGAGCAGGAAGGGGAGGAAGAGCAAGUGCAGGUUUUGGAAGCGACACAGUUUCCCGAUGAAGUUCUAGUGGAGAUGCUCGAUCCGGAGGAAAUCAAGGAGGAAAUUUUGCCUGAAUUUGAGGAAGUCGAACCAGUAAUGAUGGAAGAACUUCCAUCAAAUGAAUGUGAAAUCAUUGAGCUUGAAGAAGUAGUUGAAAUCAUCAACAGACCUCAGCAUCGAAGUGAUUGCAUCUUCGCGACAGGGAAAUUAUCAAACUUUGAAGAACGUUACAAAAGGCAGAUCAGGCAGAAUAAGAACACCGAAAGCCAAAUUGAGCUGGAAAAAAUGAACUACUCUCAAAUGGCCGAAAAAUGUCGGAAAGCAAACGAAUUGCUGGCAGCAAAAAGGAGAAAAAAGCAGCAAUUACAACGCAAGCUCAAGGAGUACAAAAGGAUAGGUCCUGAAGCGCUGCUCAGAUCGAUGGAAUCCUUCAACGCCAAAUCCUGUGAUGAAGGUAGCGAUUCCAGCGUGGACGAGGCGAACGCAUGGUGGUGACUGAAGGCUUUGUGAUCUCUAGGAUAAUAAACAAAUUGCUUUAAAUUCAAACUUAA